AUGCGGCGUAACACGUGGCUUCGCUCGGCGGCGGGACAACUUCUCGCGGACGGUGAGUGUCGCCUCACGCGGCUGGCUGACCACGUCGGCGUGCUUGCGCUCAACCGCCCCUCCCGCAAAAACGCGGUCGGCCAUACGCUCCUCCGCGAGCUGGGCGAGUGCAUCCGCAUGUGCCGUGACCCGGCAAACGCCAUUCACUGCCUUGUGCUGGAGAGCCAAGUCGACGGCGUCUUCUGCGCCGGGUCGGACUUGAAGGAACGUCGCACAAUGUCGUUUGAGGCAGCCCGCGCAUUUGUGCAGAACCUCAGCGACACUUUUACCGCCUUUGAGGACCUCCCGAUGCCCACAAUCGCCGCGGUGGAAGGGAAGGCCCUCGGCGGCGGCUGCGAACUGGCGCUUUGCGCUGACAUGCGCGUGGCCGGGGCGGCGGCGACGUUUGCGCUGCCGGAGACGGGUCUUGCGAUCAUCCCCGGCGCCGGCGGGACGUAUCGCGCCCCUCUGGCGAUGGGCCUCAGCCGCGCGCUGCAUCUUAUGCUGACCGCGGAGCAGGUGACGGCCGAGCGAGCGCUGCAGCUCGGCCUCGUUAACGAAGUCGCCCCCAAAGGCGAGGCGUCCGCGGCGGCGCUGGCGCUGGCGCGGCGUAUCGCCCGCAACGGGCCGGUGGCGCUGGUGGCGGCGAAGGCGGCGGCGCGUGGCGGUUAUGGGCGACCGCGUGACGAGGGCAUGGCGUGCGAGGCGGCGCAGUACGAUGUGGUGCUGGGGACGGAGGACCGUCUGGAGGGGCUGCGGGCAUUCGCGGAGAAGCGGCCGCCGAAGUACGUGGGGAAGUGA